GUAAAUUUUAAAACUACGAAAGACCUUUCUCUAUCUUCCUUGCCAAGACAGACAGACAGACAGACAGCCAGAGAGAGAUAUAAUAUCUGGAGCCGAGACAUCCUUUUCUCUACCGUCGUCGAAGAGGCUUUACCCAGUAGGAGACGACGACAAUUCAUCAGGGGGGUGUUUUGAGUUUGUUACAUACAACCCAACCACAAUGGUUUCGUUUCCCGCUACAACCGAGACGAUCUCCCUGGCUCUAGAAGCCAACAGCUCGGAGGCUAUUCAGAUACUCUACCAGGUCUUGGAAGACCCUUCUUCCUCUCCAGAGUCUCUCCGGAUCAAGGAGCAAGCCAUCAGCAACCUCUGCGAACGUCUCACCGAAGAGAAGAGAGGCGAGGAUCUCCGGACACUCUUGACCAAGUUGAGACCUUUCUUCUCCCUCAUCCCCAAGGCCAAGACCGCCAAAAUCGUCAGAGGGAUUAUCGAUGCUGUCGCCAAGAUCCCUGGAACCACUCAUCUCCAGAUCACUCUCUGCAAAGAGAUGGUGGAGUGGACGCGCGCCGAGAAGCGUACUUUCCUCAGGCAGAGAGUUGAGGCGAGGCUAGCUUCGCUUCUGAUGGAGAACAAGGAGUACGUUGAAGCUUUGGCGCUGCUGAGUACUUUGGUUAAAGAGGUUAGGAGGUUAGAUGAUAAGCUCCUUUUGGUUGACAUUGACUUGUUGGAGAGCAAGCUUCACUUCUCCUUGAGGAACUUACCCAAGGCCAAAGCUGCACUCACUGCUGCCAGGACAGCUGCAAAUGCUAUUUAUGUCCCACCGGCACAGCAAGGUACUAUUGAUCUCCAGAGUGGGAUCCUUCACGCUGAAGAGAAGGACUACAAAACCGGAUACAGCUACUUCUUUGAAGCCUUUGAGUCUUUCAACGCUCUCGGAGAUCCAAGAGCCGUUUUCAGUUUGAAGUACAUGUUGUUGUGCAAGAUCAUGGUUAGCCAGGCUGAUGACGUUGCAGGAAUAAUCUCCUCAAAGGCUGGACUCCAGUACGUUGGCCCUGAUCUAGAUGCCAUGAAGGCGGUCGCUGACGCGCACUCAAAGAGGUCGUUGAAACUGUUUGAGAACGCUCUCCGUGACUACAAAGCUCAGCUGGAGGAUGACCCAAUUGUCCACAGGCAUCUCUCUUCUCUCUACGACACGCUUCUGGAGCAGAACCUGUGUCGUUUGAUCGAGCCUUUCUCACGAGUUGAGAUCGCCCACGUUGCUGAUCUGAUUGGGUUGCCUAUCGACCAUGUGGAGAAGAAGCUGUCUCAGAUGAUACUUGACAAGAAGUUCGCAGGUACGUUGGAUCAAGGAGCUGGAUGCCUCAUCAUAUUCGAAGAUCCAAAGGCGGAUGCUAUCUACUCGGCUACUCUUGACACCAUUGCUAACAUGGGGAAAGUCGUUGACAGCCUUUAUGUCCGGUCUGCCAAAAUCAUGGCCUGAAUGAGUGAUUGAUUGGGUUCUUUUUCUAUCUUUCUUUUCUUCAUAUUCGGGUUUUAGACAAAGAAACUGUGUGGAUUGUUCCCAUUGGCUUCUUCUGAGAUACAGAUUGAAGUGUGUCUUUCCUUUAGUGCUUAAAACUGUAGAAUUUGUUUUCA